AUGCUCGACAGUGUUAAGGGUGUACGGCUAGACGGGCGUCGCCGCGUCGAGGCGUACCGCGUAGCCGGCGGCUACACGCCCCACUCUAUGCAAGCUAACUCAUCUGCUUAUCUCUCUGUAGUGUGGUUCAAGAAUCGUCGUGCGAAAUGGCGUAAACAGAAACGAGAAGAACAGGAACGGCUACGCAAGCUGCAAGAAGAGCGAGCGUGUGGGCGCGCGUCUCUACUGGCUCGCCCCGUGCUCUCGCCUGCGCACUCGCCGCCUGGCCUAGCGACGCCCGCGCCCCCUACGCCACGAGUUUACUCCGAGGACUCCGACUCAGACCUAGAGGUUGCCUGA